GCGGAAGUUCACAUUGGUAACUGAUCAUGAGCCUCUGCUAGCCCUGAAGAAAUCUAAGGAUUACUCGGGCAUGAUCGGACGAUGGGCAACGGUGCUGCAGAGCAUGGACUUUGACAUUCGUCACCGGAAACACGAAAGGCACGGGAACGCGGACGGAUUGACACGACUGCACCGACCUGAGAAGGUUCCAAAGAAUGAGGAGGUGAUUCCGUGGAACGAACCGAAGAAGGAGAAUGGACCUCGAUAUGACCAGGUGGAGAUCCUAUCAAAGGAGGAGUCGGCAGGCAGUAGUAUUGGCGGAGAUGGUAGCGGUUCAUCGGCGAGCGACUCCCGGAACGAGCCACGUUACCACGGUCGCGGCUUUCAGCGACGACAUCAGUACGAUCAGCCCACUGUGGCAUACCGCGAUCUUGACCUCGCUGCGAGAGUGGACGGAGCAGGUGUCCAACGAGGUGAGAUGGCAACCACCGGGGCCAAGGGAAAUGGGAGCUGGGAGGAGUACAGGCCAGAGGCAGAAAGGCAAGAGGGAGGAACGAUGGAGGUUGUGGGCAACAGGAUGCCAUCGCAGGGGAAAGAGCGUAUGAAGAAUGUGCCGCUAGACGAUCCUAGAGUACAAGGGGCAGCGGGGACAUGGCAGGGAGACAAAUGGGCGUGGGCGAACCAUUUUAGCAGUGGAACGAUGGAGGAUCUUGGGAUAAUAGGAGCAGGAGGGACAGAGCAAGGGGAGCCAGGCAUAUCACAGAUCAUCCUUGCCGAGUCAUCGUCGGUAAGGGGCACAGAUAUAAGGGUGGUUCCGACCAUAGUGUCACACAUGAACACACAGGUUGAGGAGAGAGUCCUUAGCGAGGGCAGUGAUGUAGCUGCCAAAGAACGGAGGCAAAGAGGGGCUGUAGAGGGCGGACAACCUCUUCGCAUAGAUAGGUAUCGCAUUGAGGCGCACUGGGCUAUAUGCAGGUGAAUAGGCUAUAGCAUGCAUACUGGAGUCGUCUCCGUACAGAGCAUGGCCCCCCUCAUCAUGCCAAGCCCAUUUCUGCUCUAGUAGUAUAUAUGUGCGCCGCCAAAGCCAGACGGAGAAAUUACAGACAUCCAGGAAGUCUGCACGGACCUCAAAGAUGGAGACGAACACAUAUCCACAUAUCAUUGAGAUGGCUCGUCAAGUCCGAGAUCCAUAGAAUCUGAUAGGUAGACUAGUGUCUGAGAGGAAGAGGGACGUGCGUGUGUGUGUGUGUGUGUGUGUGUGUGUGUGUGUGUGUGUGUGUGUGUGUGUGUGUGUGUGUGUGUGUGUGUGUGUGUGUGUGUGUGUNUGUGUGUGUGUGUGUGUGUGUGUGUGUGUGUGUGUGUGUGUGUGUGUGUGUGUGUGUGUAUGUGUGUGUGUGUGUGUGUGUGGGUGACAUUUUAUGGUGUUGUGGUUGCAUGUGUGACACUGUCAGUGCGUUGUGUAUACGGUCUGAAGCUCGUCUUGUGAUUGUGUGCGUGGUGUGUGACACUCUGCAUCUUGCAUAUAACAUACAAAGUCCUUAGGUCUCAGCUUGUGUCUAAGUUCAUCUCUCCUUUCCUCCUCCUAUUUUUGUCCAGUUCCAUCCGAUUCGAUAGGUGUGGGUAUGGCUGUAUGAAUCGUAGUUGUCUGUCUGCAGACAGAUAUUCUUCCAUUGUCUGUCGAGAGGGUAACUGUGCAGAAUUUGACGUAAAGGUUUGGGAGUGUGACAGAGAGACGGAGAGCGGGGAAGGACUCCCAUGGUAGGUGUAGUGAGUUGCUUCUUCUUCACUGCACUUGCUUGCACCCCGAAUGUGCGAUCCAGCUAUGGCAUCGUCAUGAAGUGCUCCAAAGACAUCGACUUUUAGGGAAUGAUCGACCUUUUCCUCUUCUCGAUCAGCGAUGGCAACAAGGAGAGUCAUUGAAUACUUCUCGCAGCAGUCGAUAUGCGAGCAAAGUCGCUCGAAUGUAACGAUUCCCUGGGGCUAUGGGUCAAUGAAACAUUUCCAAGAAGUGCACACAGCCCAGAAAGAAAUAACGGCGCAUUAAAACCAUGAAAAACUUCGCCCAACUCUACGCACCCUUUUUCCCCACCUGUCACCUCUCCUCCUCCACAUGCUCAUCCCAGCAGGACUCCUGCAUCCUGCUCCCCUCCAUCAUCGACGUUUCUCCUCACUUUAUGCUCCUGCAGAUAGCAGCACGCAAUUUCUGUCAGGGAAACAAAAGUGCACGAUAAUG